GUUACGCUUCAUUCCGUUGACGACGAUUCACUGAUAAAUUGCAGUCAAUACCUUUUUUUUUCUAUUGCUGAUUCCUCUUCGUCAAAGACCAUUCUCUCACAACAAGUAUGGCAACUAUAUUCAACUCCACUUCCGGUUGGCUCAAAUGGACCUCGGAGCAUGGAUUCCUCUGGGACGUUUUGGGUCGCCAUAACAAUUUCAGUUAUCACAUAGGCCCUACCAAGAUGCCGAACGAGUACAACCAAGCGGCCGCUGGGAAUGAACUGAUAUCUGUGGGAACAAUGUUCUCCUCGGCUCAGUCGGGUUUCCUCACCGGUGUGCUGAUAAUACUAUUUCUCCGCUACCAUCUGACACGAGUGAAGGAAGAAUUGUCGGCAAUCAAAAUGUUCAAUUUCGUGAAGUGCUUGAAAAUCGGCGACAUUCGGAAAUUUCUGUUCAUCCUCGGUACCUUCCUGGAAUUCGUCCUGCUCUCACCAGUGUUCUUUCUAGUUUACGUAAGCUUCAGAUGCUACCGAUCUGGUGUGGCAUUUACACUGAAGCGACGAUACGGCUCACACUUCAAAGGACUCCUAGACGGUACAGAUGUAGUGUGGGCCAUCGAAGGGGACAACUCACGUGGCAUGAUCAACAUCAUGGCGUACAUUGAAGAGCCCGAUGAAAACCUGAACAAUAACACUAGUGCAGAACUGCUCCUCGUUUUGCGGAAGCGAAUCUCUUCCAGACUGAUGAGAAGCCAACAGCCUCAUCCGAAAAUGUUCUGGAAGCGAAACCUGGAGCUAGGGUACUACUACUGGAGUGAUCUGUCCGAUCUUACCAUCGAAGAUUACAUACGUUACCUGGAAUACAUUCCUCUCGAGGAGCACGAGCGUUACAUCGACGAACCAAAGCUGCGCGGCUUGAUAAGCGCAAUCUGUAAUCGGCGCCUUGCUGGUAAUCAUACAUCAUCGUGGGAGAUUCUCGUCGGACGCCAACCACAGCUGGACAAAGAGCGCAAUGUGCUGAGAUUUCCUAUUCUCUUCCGUGUUCAUCACUCACUGGGGGAUGGAGUUGCACUUCUGCGACUGCUACUGGAGGGAAUCGCAGAUAAGGAGACGCCCUACCGAUGGAAGCUGCUCUCCAAUUUCAAGGUCAUGAACAUCGACUACAUACUGAAAGAGCAAUCGAAUUUUGCCGUGGAAGGACAAAGUUUCAUCGCAAAACUUCUUCGAAAAAUUCCAAGCUCUCGGGAGCUUGAAAUGUGGAAACGUGGAAAAUUACGACUUCUCUGGUCAAUUUUCACUGCUCCUGCCUUCUUCCACGAGGUUUCCGCUCGUGAAGUUGACGUCAACUGCAUUCAUACGAGCGAAUCAUCCAGUCAAAAGGUCGUUAGCUGGAUCCACGAGGAGGAAUUUAGCGGCACGCAUUGGGUGGAUAUAAUCAAGCGAACAAAACAGCAGGUGCCUGGCGCGAGGUUUUCCGACGCACUUCUCACUGCGUUGUCCAGUAGUUUACAGAAGUAUUUUCAUCAAAGAACACAACGAGUGCCAAACGAUAUUACAGUCGUACUGCCUACCAGAAUUGAGCGUGAAUCUCCACAGUUGAGAUUGCAUAAUCGAUUUUCGGUAGCCCUCCAAACAUUGCCAAUAGCUUCCGGUAUUGAACUCAAUGAUCCAAACAGAAUGCAUAAUCUUGUCGCCCAUCUAACGGAUGUUAAACAGUUUUCAGAUUUGCUGAGAUGCUCACCUGAUUAUUUGAUAAACUACUGGAUUCUAUCGACAGUGGCUUGCCUGUUCCCGGAUACGAUCCUUCGUAAAAUUCUGACAAGCGCACAUAGCACGCUAGCUAUCUCAAAUCUGCCGGGACCGCAACAAAAGCCACGCAUUCAUGGUCAUGAGCUGAAGAAUAUUAGUUUCUGGAUUCCCAACAUUGGACAGACAGCAGUUGGCUUGACUCUGCUCACUUACGGUGGAAAACUUCAGCUUGGCAUCCUUGCAGAUAAAGCCGUUAUCCAGAGUGAAGACGAUGCGCACUCCAUUCUGGCAGAAAUGGUCAACGAGAUCGAGCGAAUGGGGAAGGUUCUUGAAGUCGUCUAAACUCAAAAGUUAGAUGAUAAGACUGUCCUGUAUGAGAAGUGAUUAAAAUAAAGCUUUGUCGAGUUGGGCAGAACGCAUUUCGAUACACA